AUGUCGUCACGUUUUCCGGACAGAUCAGGUUCGACGAAACGAAGCCGAUCGCGAUCUCCAUCAUCGCGUCGACCCCAGAAGCUCCCCCGCAGAUACGAUGAGAGAGACUACCAAAGCGAUGGAAGAGGCCGACCGGCGCAGUCGCAGUCGAGAAAUAUGAAGGAUCAGAUGCGGCUAAAUCAAUUACAAGAAGACGAGCAAGUGCGUGAAUGGGUGGCGCAGGAGGACGUUUUCGUGCUUAAACAGGCCAAAAAGAAGGCUGAGAUUCGUGUCAAAGAGGGCCGAGCGAAGCCGAUUGACUGGCUUACUGUUACCCUGCGAUUUAUCGAUCCGACGAGGAACCCUCUUGAUGAUGAGAUUGCGGACUCGGACCUGGAUAUCGUGGAUCCGGAUGGCGUUUUCGAAGGCCUGUCUCAGAGUCAAUUGCUGGACUUGGAGAAGGAUAUUGAUACAUUUCUGAGUUUGGAGGCAAAUUCGCAAAAUAGGGAUUUCUGGAAGACUAUGAGAAUUAUCUGUCGCGACCGUCAGAAAAUCACUGCUCCCGAAGGGCGUGCACUCAACUCCGUCGCCGCGGAUAUCAAUAGGCUCUUGAGUCCUAAAACCUACGAGCAACUUCAGACCCUUGAGAUACAGGUUAAGAAAAAGCUGGAUUCUAAUGAACCCAUCGAUACCGAUUACUGGGAAGAACUACUGCGGAGUCUGACUGUCUGGAAAGCCCGCGCCAAACUGAAGAAGGUCUUUCAGGCCGUUAUAGACGAACGUGUCCGAGGAUUACGUCAACAACAGCGCGACGAAGCAGACUCGGUUCGAGCAAAGCUUGCACCUCUGGCGCCGGCUCGCGAACGUCAAAAGGUUCUAAAGAUGGGAUUUGUGCCUCUCCGCCAGAGGCAAGCAGAGAAAUCCUCUCUUGUUCCUGUGAACCAAACACCCAACUUGCCUGCGGCUACUGGCUCCUCUCGCUUUUCGGCGAUACCUAAUGAAGAUUUCUCGCAGGCAACGAAGGCACUCUAUGAGCGAGAGCUUGCGAGGGGAGUCAGUGAGAAUGAGGAAAUCUUUACAGGCGAAGAAUCCGUAAGUACGGGGUCCCAGCCUCAGUGGGCGAACAAAUACCGGCCGCGCAAGCCGCGAUAUUUCAACCGGGUGCAAAUGGGCUAUGAGUGGAACAAAUACAACCAGACUCAUUAUGACCAUGAUAACCCACCACCCAAGGUGGUACAAGGCUACAAAUUCAACAUCUUCUACCCCGACCUCAUCGACAAGACGAAAGCGCCGACCUACCGUAUUGAACGCGAGCACGGACGAAAGCGCGGCCAGUCGUUUGCAGCAGCCGGUGAAGAAGAUACUUGUCUUAUUCGAUUCAUGGCCGGGCCCCCUUACGAAGACAUCGCAUUCCGAAUUGUUGAUAAGGAAUGGGACUAUAGUGCCAAGAGGGAAAGAGGCUUCAAGAGCACCUUUGACAAGAAAGGCUUCCACCUAGCCUGGUGGGCUGUGGCCAAAAUGCAGAGAAGGGUCGGUUCUCAUGCAGCUGUCCGGUCUCACAACCCCACUCCUCCUGGUCUGUCGGGCAUUGUAAAUCAAGAAGUACGUACAUUGCCAUCAUCUGUAGCACCGAAAAUCCAGCCUCUACUAGACUCUGCAAAGCCAUUGGUGCUGCACGUACAAUGGCUUGUUGUUCCACAGCUUGGGAAACCCUUAGAACGAAGCACCACUACACCACCACCACCAUCCACAACAUCCCCAGUGCACAUGUUGACUGGGGAGUUCCUUGACCGUCUUUUGUUUGUUGGGACUGGCAGGCAUACAAACAGCAGACAGACCCUCAGGCCGUAUGUAUGA